AUGGCUUACCUUAGUCCCCAGAACAGGGAACAUAGCGGAUUUAGACAUAUCUUUGUCUACGGGGGCAUCGUCGAUAAUACUGUUCCCCUGAAUGUGUAUGUAAAAAGUCGUUCACGACGGUAUCCAGUAGAAACCAGUAUUACUCACACUGAGAGGGAUGAGACUGCGUUUUUCGAAUACGAAUGGUUGAGCUCGUCCAAUACGUACAAGAUCACCGUUAUGCAGCUCGACCUCUCCGUGGACGUAAUGUCCGUUUACAGUCGUCCGGCCAGCUAG